AUGCCCUACAUGAAGUCAGUAGUCACCGCAGCUGCAGUUUUUUUUAUAAUCUGCGAAGUGCUUUACGGAGUAUUCAGUCAAUGUACAACGGGCCAAUACUCCACUAAAAAUAUGAUGCUAAGACAACACAUCUUUAAGACUUUCAAGACUUCGAGCCCGUCACAAUGUUUAAGGACUUGCGAGGAAGAUGUCAGAUGUCAGAGCUUCAAUUAUGUCAUGACUACAGACGUUUGUGAGCUCAACAACCGCACCAAAGAAGCGCGACCUGAACAUUUCACAGCCAGCAACAGCCGAUACUAUUUUGGUUUAUUCGUGAAUAGAGGUAAAGAGUUUCACAGACCGUUUUGAGGCUUAACUUUGUUAUUAGCUACUUGACAUUCCCACGGGUUUCAACUUUUGACAUGGAUAGGUUAGGGCGGAUAAUCCGUCGACCCCGCUGGAAAGGUUUCCUUUAAAUUAGUAAAAUUGCCAAGUUUGAAAGAUAUUAAUUGAAAACUAUCGAAAAUAUAGUUCUGCACAGAAGCGAAAUUUUACAGACGUCUGUAUGGUUGGGGUACAAUCUUGCCCGCCAUCACGAGGCAAGCUUCUGCAAAAUAGAAGACGAAUAUGACUCUCAAACUUGGCAAGUUUACUAUUAAAAAGCGCUGUUACCAGUGGUGUCCAAAAAUUUUCCCUAACUGGUCCGUAUAAUGGGGUAAAAUAAUAAUAAUAAAAACUUGGGGAGCUCUAUUGAAAUAUUGCGUGGGUUGAAGUAAACCCAGACUUGAGGAUGACAGUAUUGAAGUUCGAAUGAGGCUUUUGUUUUCUUCUAAAAUUAAAAAUUUAAAAUCCAAGGUUGCGCCGAUCAACAGCAUCAUUGAGGACAAACAUCUGAGGCUAACCAUUAGUAUACUUCCCUAAUAUUUCAGUUUUGAUUUCACCAAUGCCUAAGUAUACUUUUUAAGAAAUGCAAAAAAAAAAAACAACAACAACAACAACAACAAACAAUGCUGCGUUAGCUCUCUUGACUGAGACUAUAUCAUCUUUGUAAGUAAUUAGGGAUACAAGGAGUUCUUUGAAUUUAUCUAUCAGUCAACUCGAACCAUUCUUAGCUAGUUCUAUCCGUGCCGUUCUGGGCUUAUUAAGGGUUCGGUAAGGCUUAUGUAAAGUUACUGUUUAUUCGUGAAACAUUACACCAGAGUCUAACAGUAUUUAUGCCUACCCUAAUAAUUUAAUGCAUAAUAGUCGAAAUUAAAGGCAGUUAUAAUACUACCAUAAUAUCAAAAUCAGUUUUUGCAUUGCGAAACUCAAAACUGCUAGCUAACUUUUCAAGCCAAGGCACGUUCAGAAUGCGCAAACUGAGGAUUAAAUUGUGGAUUUGAUAAAACUUUCACAGGUUUAAUUUACAAGUCUAGCAAUUGUUUUAGAGUCUAGAAACAAUAGCUAGACUUGUAAAUUACACUAGUUAAAGUAUUGUAAAAUUUACCAGUGCUUUUCUCAUCAUGUCAGCCCUCCACGACAAUAACAUGUUCUUCUUAAUUUCAAACUGUAAUCAAAAAUUGUGGAGGUAAAGGAUGGAAAAGUGCUAUGAUUUUAUUCCUGCUUAUAGGCAAGGUGCGCAUUAACCCCCAGCAGUGUAUAGGACCAUCAAUUACUUAGAUAUGGUAAUAGGUGACGCCAACAAAAUAAUCCUAUAUCUUCCAAGCAUUGAUAUUUAUAAAUCGGACCAUAGCAGCAACGUGCGCAUUUAGCUGCUGUCUGCGCACACUUUAUGGUAUCAUAUGUGCUAAAUUUACCUGGCCGUUUGCUGUUUUCCAGUUUCUCUUGGCUCCAUCCCUGAGUUGCCAGCAAAAUCAUGCACAGAAGUUAAGGCGAGUGAAGGCGAGCAUGCUGUCAGUGGUAAUUACUGGCUUGAUUCAAUAAUCCCGACCAAACAUAUACUUGUUUACUGCAAUAUGAGCACAGAAGGUAGGCCGCCAUAUUUUUAAGUAAACCUUGAAUCGUGAAACUUUACUUUGGUUGACGAAUCGGCUAUUAUCGCAAUUUCUUGUGUCAUGCUUUUAUUUCAUGCACAAAAAAGCUUAAGGUAUAAUUAUGAAGCUAAUAACGAUCUUAACUUAUUAUUCGAGAAAAGUUCCUUCACUUCCCGUGAUUCAUUUACCACGUGUAGACCCGUAUUAUUUUGUUUCCUUUAACUCUAACUUUCCUUCAAUUGACCUUUUCAGCUUGUGUAUUUAUGGGGAAGUGUGACGUCACGUUACUAUGGUAGCAAAAUUUCUGGAUCUCUAUUUUAGCUUUCUUUCUUGACAGAGACGACCAUUUGUAUCGUCGAACGAUAGAAGAAAAUUAAUUUAAUGGCAACCGUUUUGUUCUUGAGUGCAGACAUGCACAAACAGGUCGUACAAGUUAAUUUUUCGCUCUUUUUCUCUGCCGUAUUUGCAUGACCAAGGUUUGUUGAGAUCAAGAAAGUUUGCUACCAUGGCAACAUGACAUAACGACUUCUUCUUUCUAUUCAGACCAGUUCUUAAGGGAAUUUGCCUCGUUUUAAAUAUCUUUCCCCAAGAGACUAUGAGGUACCUCAUAGUCUCUUGCUUUCCCUAAAUUAAAAGUAUAUAUAUAUACAGGUGGAGUUGUCUGUUUAUUCCAGAUGUAGACGAGUGUACAGCUUCUGAGCAGUUAUGUGAUUUCAAUGCCAACUGCAUCAAUACCCAUGGCUCGUACUACUGCUCCUGUUUCAGUGGUUUUUCUGGUGAUGGUAACACUUGCAUUGGUAAGGAAAACGAACGCUACUUGAAAGAAAUACAUUUCAUUUGUUAGUAAUAAUUACUGGUUUGCAGGUGACGUCACCGCUGCCAAUUUGGCGGUCAGAAACUAAAACUUUUCUCUCCCCAGGGAACUAAAUUCCAUUUUCAUGUAAAUUCAUGGAGAAAAAAUACAUUGUAUUGACCUCCAAGAUGGCCACCUUGUCACGUGACUGCGAACCAAGAAUUUUCAAACUAUUUAUUUUAUUUUAGCGUUUCGAAACGAUUAAUUCAUGAUUUUUUUAUUUAAAUGAUACACCUUAAGUGUCUCACAACUGAACGAUCUUUUCUUGUUUCUUUAGACUUUUUCGAAGGUUUAAUUUGACAAGGGCAUUUCAUACCUAGAUUUUCAUAGACAUCGGCGCAGAGCUGGUCUUAGUACACGCAUGAUGCAACGGGAGGUCCACUAAAUUUUUUGUUUGCAACCACGUGACAAGGAAUUUUUCUCGAGGAAUUUUCAUGAGAAGGGUGAUUAGUUCCCAGACGAGAGAAAUGCUUUUGUUGUCGACCACUUACAUGGCAGCCUUGACGUCACGUGCAGACCAGCAAUAAAAGAAUUAUACGGUAAAAAAUUCUCCGUUGCACCUGGUUACACGUAGAUUUGGGUUUAUUUAGGGUCUAAAUACGCCACUUAAUCAGUAGAUAGAAAUAGCUUAUUACUGUUCAAUUUAAUAAUAUCACGCAGACAUAGAUGAGUGUUCAAGUGGAAGUCAUGAUUGCGACAGUGAUGAGAGAGCAACCUGUACAAAUACUAUUGGUUCAUAUUUGUGUUCAUGCAGAGACGGUUAUGAAGGAGAUGGAACGACUUGCAGUCUUCCCCACACAGGUAAACAGGGCCGAGACAUGCAGAAUUUAAGAGGCUCUGUCACGUUAUUUGCUAACUUUUUGACAAAGCUAAAACGUGUCUUCGCAUCAAUUGAAUUCCAAAAAUAAUGGUCCUGGUUUGUUAUUUUAGACCAUAUUUAGGCACUAGAACUGUUCCCAGUCGUCUGUUUUUACGGAUUGCAAUGAUGGACCUGGAUGAAAAAUUGAAUGCUAUGCUUGCUCAAAUCACCAUAAAAUUAUUAUAGUCAGUUUUCCCUGAUGAAUUUUUUUUGACAUCUUCUUCACUAAGGACCUGUUUACAUGAAGGUGGGGGACCCCAGGUAGGUGAGGUAACAUAUGGCGGGUGACCUAACAUGUAAACGUGAUCAUAUUAAAAUGAGAGAUAUUAUGGGCAGGCGCGCUACCCCAUCUUAGCGGGUUACCUCACCUACCUGGGGUCCACCACCUCCAUGUAAACAGGCCCUAAAUAGGGACUUUAAGAUCCAACGACGCGACGGCAACGAGAACGGCGCUUAAAAAGUCAAUUUGCGUUCUUUUAGUCUUUACAGCGAUUAUUCCUACCCACUUACUUUGUCAAAUGUAGGCGAACCCUCCUGAAGCUGAAUUUCAAGUGACCAUAUUCAAGCUCAGAGAGAGAAAUAAAAUUUCGUCGUUGCUUGUUUACGUCCUCCUUAAACGGCAAAAUUAGGCAUUUUCACGUCCAAGUCGUGCAAAAACAGGAAAGAAAUGUACAAAAAAGCGUGAUGCACGUGCAAAUUUGUUGUUUUGCUUAUUAAACCUUUUGUUGUUUUGACGUUCUUGUUGCCGUCCGCGUUGUUGGAUCUUUAGUCCCUGAUAACUCCACAGAAGCAUCAGGAGCAUUUUGUGUCCGUAAGGUUUAAGGUACUAUGUAAUGAGCUUUAGCACAGAAUUGACCUAAAACAGCAAAAUCCUCGAGACUGAAUAAACAAGCUGCCUAUGAGAAUCAUGUGUGUGCAAACACAGAUAUCUUUAUCUUAUAUUACUUGGUCCCCACUGCCUUAAUUCAAAAUGCCCUCUAUACUAGCACCAAUAUAGAUGUUAUUGACAAUUCAGAUAAGGAAACUAGUUUAGAAACUAAACAUUUAUCCUCGCUAAUUGGUGGAAAAAGUGAAAAUCUAAACAUUUUGCUGAUUAUUAGUGCGAAAACUUGGUUAAGAAAAACUGCAGUGUUUAAUUUACUCAAUAUAUGGCUUAACCUUCUCAUCAGUCCUGAGGUCCGCCCUGUUUCCUGACCUGACAGAACUUUCGAGAUGGCGAACAGGAAGAUCGCCAUGUGAAAUUUUUUGAAAGUCCAUGCAGUUGAAUUUGAAUUGAUAGACUAAGUAUUUAUUUUUUUCAAUAUUUCUACCACGUGACUGAAUAUAUUAUGCCUCUUUGAUUAUAACCUAGAAUGUCAAACCUACCAGACAUUAACCUCAUCCAACAGGAAAGCGACAUGGGUCACUACCUCUGUGGAAUGUGACAGUUCAAAAUCCGGUUGGUACCGUUUUACUGAAGGAGCGGGGAGGAAAAUGCCAACAGCGUGUGUUCCCAUAAAUAGAUGCAACACGCGUGCCACUGGUUGGUUAAAUGGAAAUCACCCCACUGUGGCAGACGGACAAGUCACCAGGCAGGUCUGCUUUCACUGGAACUCAAACUGCUGUUAUUGGUCCACCAACAUUCAAGUGCGGAACUGUGGGGAGUACUUCGUUUACUUGCUGAAUGGAACACCAGUAGGAUGCUCUCUGCGAUACUGUGGCACUGACUAG